AUGAGCUGUCGCCUACAGAGCUCAGCCGCCAGCUAUGGAGGUGGCUUUGGGACUGGCUCCUGCCAGCUGGGGGGAGGCCGUGGCUUCUCCACCUGUUCCACCCGCUUUGCCUCCGGAGGAUCGGCGGGAGGCUAUGGGGGUGGCAUGAGCUGCGGCUUCGGCGGCGGGGCUGGUAGUGGCUUUGGAGGUGGCUAUGGAGGCAGUUUUGGCGGUAGCUACGGGGGCAGCUUCAGUGAUUUUGGCGGUGGUGAUGGCGGCCUCCUCUCCGGCAAUGAGAAGAUCACCAUGCAGAACCUCAACGACCGCCUGGCCUCCUACCUGGACAAGGUGCGUGCCCUGGAGGCGGCCAACGCCGACCUGGAGGUGAAGAUCCGCGACUGGUACCAGAAGCAGAGCCCGGCCAGCCCGGAGAGGGACUACAGCCGCUACUUCACCACCAUCGAUGAGCUCCGGGCCAAGAUCUUGGCAGCCACCACUGACAACAACCGGAUCGUCCUGGAGAUUGACAACGCCAGGCUGGCUGCAGAUGACUUCAGGCUCAAGUACGAGAAUGAGCUGACCCUGCGGCAGAGUGUGGAGGCCGACAUCAACGGGCUGCGCAGGGUGCUGGACGAGCUGACCCUGUCCAAGACCGACCUGGAGAUGCAGAUCGAGAGCCUGAACGAGGAGCUGGCCUUCCUGAAGAAGAACCACGAGGAGGAGAUGAAGGAGUUCGGCAAGCAGGUGGUCGGCCAGGUCAACGUGGAGAUGGACGCGGCCCCCGGCAUUGACCUGACCCGUGUGCUGGCCGAGAUGAGGGAGCAGUACGAGGCCAUGGCGGAGAAGAACCGCAGGGACGCCGAGGCCUGGUUCCAGAGCAAGAGUGCGGAGCUGAACAAGGAGGUGGCCUCCAACACGGAGAUGAUCCAGACCAGCAAGACGGAGAUCACGGAGCUGCGGCGCACGCUGCAGAGCCUGGAGAUCGAGCUGCAGUCGCAGCUGAGCAUGAAAGCCGGGCUGGAGAGCACCUUGGCGGAGACCGAGUGCCGCUACGCCCUGCAGCUGCAGCAGAUCCAGGGCCUCAUCAGUGGCAUCGAGGCGCAGCUGAGCGAGCUGCGCAGCGAGAUGGAGUGUCAGAGCCAGGAGUACCAGAUGCUGCUGGACAUCAAGACGCGGCUGGAGCAGGAGAUCGCCACCUACCGCAGCCUGCUGGAGGGCCAGGACUCCAGGUUGACUAUCUCCGCCUCCCCUACAGGAAGUGGCAGCUACAGCACCACGUCUGCGUCUAGCACCUCGGUUUCUGCCUCAGUCUCUGGUUCGGCCUCCGGCUCCGCCUCUACCUCCCCCCGGCGAGUGUCUGAUAUCCGAAGGUUUUAACUCUGCCUGGUAGUCACUCCCUCUGCCUGGGGGACAGCUGGUGCUUCCCCGGGGCCAAGGGGUGCCUCAGAGACCCGGCCGGGAUCCCCCCAUGCUGCGCACUCGAGAUUUCUCAGCUUCUCUUCUAAAAGAAACAGAUAAUC